UCAAGAGCUAUUGGUUGCCUUUAGUAAAAUGCAGUUUACAUCAAAUAAAUCAGAGUGUCGGCCCAUUCUCAGGUUGAUGCUUUUAAUGGCACUAGCUGCGAAUGCCUGUUGUAAUUCCAGUUUGAAAGUGGUGCCAAACAGGGGUAUUACUGUGGACGACCAUGUUCCAUGGGCAAGUGGAGCCAGACUUAUUAGUGGCAGCCCAUGGGACCAAGCUUGGCUCAGCUGGAAUGCUAGACAUACUCUCGGAUUCGGGCCUACACCCAGUGAAGUGUCAAAUGCCGUUUCAGUUGCUGGUCAGGCCUCAGCCAACUUUUUUGUUGCGCAGCAACAACUACAGGCUGCUAAGGAGAAUGUGUUAAACCAACAACGUAUUGCAACGGAAAAGCAAACGCAGGCUAUAAUAUUGAAACAGAAGUCUCAGGCGGCAGCUGCUAUUCAGCGCUCUGAGGCUAUUCAACAACGACUCGCGGCAUCAAAGGCGGCGGUAGCUCAAGCUGCCGCUCAAGCUGCUGUCGCUGAAAUUAAAAAAACUGAACACGAAGCUGUCAAGCUUGGUUAUUUUACUCAAAUAGCGCACCCAAGCUCUAAUCACCACAUCUCCUCUUUAAAGCCAGCAAGCAUUCAUUUGCCUAUAUCUAAUAUGGAACCGAUUGGAUUUGGGUCCUGGCUAGAUACUUAUGGUAACAAUUUCGGGAAACUAGUAAAUGAUUGGUAAACAUUUAAUUACCACUGGAUAAGUUUUGUAAUUUAAUAAAUUUAAUAAAAAAAUUCAUUUGCAAAAUA